AUGACCGCCGGAAUGUACGCCGCUCGAUACGGCCUCUCCACCGGGCUUAUCGAGCAGAUGAUGGGCGGCGCCCAGAUUAUCAAUGUGGAACGCAUCGAAAACUUCCCCGGCUUUCCCGAGGGGAUCGCCGGCGCCGAGUUGGGCCCUAUCCUGCAGGAACAGGCGAUGAACGCCGGAAUGCAGUUCAUCAUGGACGAGGCUAACGAGGUGUCCAGGGACGGCGAUUUCAAGCUGGUCUCCGGCUACGCCGGAAGCUACCGGGCCAGGGCAGUGAUUGUUGCCACCGGUUCCAGGCUGAGAUCGGCGGGCAUACCCGGCGAAGAAGAGUAUCGUGACCGGGGCGUGUCCCAUUGCGCCACCUGCGACGGCCCCAUGAGCAUGGGUCAGACCGUCGGCGUAGUCGGUGGCGGCGAUUCGGCAGCCGACGAGGCUCUCACCCUAACGGAGUACGCCGAUCGGGUAUUGCUAUUCCACCGGCGCGACCAACUGCGGGCCCAGCACGUCCUCCAACAGCGCCUGCAGGAGCAUCCCAAGAUUCAGCUUCACUGGAAUACGCAGGUCGUUGAAGUGCUGGGCGACAACUCGGUAACCGGGGUGAGGUUGCUGAACACUGCCAACAACGAAGAGAGCCAGGUGGCAUUGAACAGUCUCUUCGUCUACGUGGGGCUGGAACCCAACUCGGAACUGGUCCAAGGGCUGGUGGAAAUGGACAACGCCGGUCACAUUCCGGUAAACCUGUCUAUGGCGACCACCGAACCGGGAUUGUACGCGGUGGGUGACGUGCGUCAGCAUUCCGCAGCCCAGUUGGUGGCCGCCGCAGGUGACGGCGCCACAGCCGCGAUUGCGGCCUACAAGUACCUCCGUGGGACCUGA